AUGGGUACCUUUAUAAACAACACAGGUAACUUUAGAAACAAAACUUUAAACAGUACCAACAAAACAUUAAAUAUAAAUUAUAAAGUUCAUAGUAUAUCUCCAAAUUCUUCUUUAUUUUGUCCUGUAUGUAAUAUACCUUUCACGUAUAAAAUAAGAAUAAAUCCAUGUUAUCAUAUUAUAUGUAAGACGUGUUAUAAAUUAAGUUUACAAGAUCAAAAAUGUUUAAUGUGUAAUAAUGAUAUAAACGACAUAGAGAAUAUUUUUAUAAAAGAUCAAAUAUAUAUAUGUCCACAUAAUGAUUGUAAGAAAGGAUUUAUUAAUGAAAAGAGUUACCAAUAUCAUAUAUAUUUUAAACAUAAAUUUUUAAAAGAGAAAAAUGAAAUAAACAGAAAAGGUAGUAAUAAUAGUAAUAUAAAUCAUGAUAUAUAUAAUAAUAAUAUAAACGAUACAAUAAAUUAUACUAUCCCCGAUCAAAAAAAUAAUAAUUUAGGAAACUUUAAUAAUAAUAUGAAGAACGGGGGGAUGAAUGAUUCUCUUUCAUUACAUACGUCUCAAUGGCCUAAUGAACUCAUAAAAAAUAGCUUGGACAGUAACAUAAACGCAAAUAUGAAUAAUUUAAAUAAUAUAAAUAAUGUAAAUAAUGUAAGUAAUAUAAAUAAUAUAAAUAAUAUAAAUAAUGUAAAUAAUAUAAAUAAUAUAAAUAAUAUAAAUAAUGUAAAUAAUGUAAAUACUAAUGAUAAAUGUAAUGUUCCAAAUAAUAAUAAUAUAAACCCCUUUGACAUAAAAGCAAAGAAAUUACAAGAAGGAAAUGAACCCCUUUUCACAAACAUAACUACAACGAAUAAGUUUAUGAAUACCAACAAAAUGAGUACGUCAAAUAUAUUAACCAAUAAUAAUAAUAUCACUAGUAAUAAUAACUACAAGUUUUUAAACAACGUCCCAGGGACUGAUACGUGGACUAAUUCUGUUUUUUCCAUCAAAUCUAAUUUUGAAAAAGAUGUUAACACGAAUAAAGGUGAACAAAAUGUUACGGAUGUGCAAAAUAAUAAAAAUAACCAACAAGAUGAUGAGUUAGAUAAUUUAGAGGAUUUUAUGUGA